AUGAUUGAGUCCCAGAGGUUGUAUGAGAUUAGAAUGAAGCAAAGUACAAUUAGAGGAGAAGUCCUUCAAGGAAUAGAGGAGGCUAUGUGUCAUGGCGAUGACGAAGCUUCUUCAAUUGGGACACGAAUCAUUUUGCCUUCCUCCUUCACUGGUGGUAGACGUUAUAUGUUUAACCGUUGUCAGGAUGCCAUGGCGAUUUGUAAACAUUUUGGGUAUCCAGAUUUAUUCCUCACUAUUAUGUGUAAUCCAAAUUGGCCUGAGUUUCAGCGGUUCAUGGAGCGAGAGCAAAUUCCCAUCGCUGAUCGUCCUGAUAUCUCUUGUCGUGUCUUUCAUGCCAAGUUGAAGUGCCUCCUUAGCGAUCUCAAGGAAGGUGUGUUUUUUGGUCCACUUAAUGCAGGUAUGUUCUUUUCUCGCUUAGCAUUUCAAUUUCUGUCUGUCGUCUUCAGACAUGUAGUUGUCUGGCUUCUUUAG